AUGCCUUGUUUUAACGUUGCUUCUGUGCCGGUGUCCACCUGCGCUAUUCUUGUAGACAAUGGCAUGCCCAUGUGCGAGUGCAAGGAUGGAUUUGUAUUCGACGUCGACCACAAGACGUGUGUGUGGGUGAGUGCUGGUGUGUGGGUGAGUGCUGGUGUGUGGGUGAGUGCUGGUGUGUGGGUGAGUGCUGGUGUGUGGGUGAGUGCUGGUGUGUGGGUGAGUGCUGGUGUGUGGGUGAGUGCUGGUGUGUGGGUGAGUGCUGGUGUGUGGGUGAGUGCUGGUGUGUGGGUGAGUGCUGGUGUGUGGGUGAGUGCUGGUGUGUGGGUGAGUGCUGGUGUGUGGGUGAGUGCUGGUGUGUGGGUGAGUGCUGGUGUGUGGGUGAGUGCUGGUGUGUGGGUGAGUGCUGGUGUGUGGGUGAGUGCUGGUGUGUGGGUGAGUGCUGGUGUGUGGGCUCACUGCGUUACUCUCACUCAUACCUUAUUCGAGUGCGAUUGCAACAAGCAAGAAUUUUACUUCAACGAGCCUGACAAGACGUGCUUUGCCCCGUUGGUGCGGUCGACGGUGGCAGUGCAGGCAAGUGGCAACACCUUCGCGGGCGAGAGGGACGCCACCUUCUUGACGGAGGUGCCGGCAGAGCAGGCGAGCGGCAGCAGCGCGUGCAGCAACCUGCACACGGUGCUCAAAGGCGACACCAACAUCACCGUCGUGUGGAAUACCAAGCGCGCCACGCCUGGCAGCCUCGCGCUUGGCAACGCCAUGUGCAAGAGCCUGUCGUUCUACGCUGACUGGGACUGCAGGGAGAAGCUGGACUUUACAAUCGCACGUCCCACGAAGAAGGGCAGUUCCUACCCCGUCACAAAGAGGACUGUCAAGGAAAUCGCUUCGCUUCAAUCAGUUGGCUGCGAGAUCACCAUGUGUGAGAAUGAUUGUGGAGCUGCUGAGUGCGUUGUGAAGAAGGGCAAGCCGCAGUGCCAGUGCCCUGAGGGCCUCGUGUUCAACACCGCUAAGAAGCUCUGCCAGGUUCCUCCUCCUCGGGCCGGUGGACAAGCGAAGAAUGGGCAACACUAG